GCUGGUCACGCGGCUCUGUGUUGACACUUCCGGGUGGGACCAAAGUGAGGCGGUGGUGCAGGGGCUGGCAGCUUCGGAGGUAACCAUGGCGUACAGCGGACUCACGGUUCCGCUGAUCGUGAUGACCGUGUUCUGGGGCAUCGUGGGCCUCCUGGUGCCCUGGUUCAUCCCUAAGGGUCCCAACCGGGGAGUUAUCAUAACCAUGUUGGUGACCUGUUCGGUUUGCUGCUAUCUCUUUUGGCUGAUUGCGAUUCUGGCCCAACUCAACCCUCUGUUUGGACCACAGCUGAAAAAUGAAACCAUCUGGUAUCUCAAGUAUCACUGGCCUUGAGGAAGAAGACCGCUCUCCAGUGCUCAGUCAUUGAGGUGACAAAGAGAAUUCCUCUAGAGGCGAAAUCACCUCCAAACCCAGACGACCUUCCUUGACUCGCCUGUUUUGGCCACCAGCUGCCUUAAAACAGUCACACCUCAUUUGAAUAUCUUAUUUUCUACAGUGCUAUAUUUUUUCCUGUCACCUUUUUUACACUUUCUUGAAUUCUGUGCCUCCUUAAUCUAAACUGUGCUGAUGCCAUAAAAUGUUUAUGCACUCUUCUGAGCUGGAAGGUGCGAUUCUUCUGAGAAACUCAGGACUCUCUCCUUGGAACCUGUGGAUGUGAAGAUGGCGCCUGCCUGCUCAUGACGUCGGAAUCAGCGAAGUGUUUAAAAGCCGUCACACGACAAUUAGACUCCAGUACAGCAGCCAGCAAGAGAGCAAGUCAUGGGAAGAUCUGUCCCGACACAAUUACACCAAAGUAUAUUUUCAGGAUGAAUUUCUUAUUUCUGCCAUCUUUUGGAAUAAAUUAUUUUUCUGCUUUCUGUGGAAA